AUGGCCGGGAUGAGAAAUCCAAGAGCAGCCGGAGCGGUGAGCGAGUUGGCGGAGCUGGUUCUGCCGUGGCUACCGCCGGCCGACCUUGCCGCGGCGGCUUCCGCCAGCCGCGCCAUGCGCGCAGCCGCGUCUGCGGUCACCGCCCGCCGCGCCGCCGACUUCUCCCGCGGGCUGGAGGCCGUGCCCGUCCCCUUCGACAACCCCAUCGACUCCAAGCCCUACGCCUACUUCCUCUACACCCCCUUCUCCCUCAUCCACCCCGCAGCCUCCGCCUCCGCCCACGCCCAGCCUUGGGGCUGCGCGCAGGCCCGGCCGCCAUGCCCCACCUGGCCCCGCCCCGACCUAGGCCUCCCUUCCGCCGGCUGCGCGUGCGCCGAGGCGGACUGCGGCGCCGCGGGGUGCCCCUGCGCUGACGCGGAGGCCGAGAUGGCGGCGGCGGAGAUGGGGACCCUCCGGGAGUGUGGCGACGGGUGCGCGUGCGGGCCUUCGUGCGCGAACCGGCGGACGCAGCGCGGCGUCACGGCGCGGCUGCGAGUCGUGCGCCAGCUGAAGAAAGGGUGGGGGCUGCACGCUGCCGAGGUCCUCCGCCGGGCGCAGUUCGUCUGCGAGUACGCAGGUGAGUUCCUGACGACAGAGGAAACGCGGAGGAGACAGAGGCUGUACGACGAGCUUGCCUCUGCCGGUAAGCUCUCCCCUGCGCUCCUUGUCAUACGGGAGCAUCUUCCUUCCGGGAGAUCAUGCAUGCGGGUUAACAUUGACGCUACGAAAGUGGGAAACGUGGCUCGUUUCAUCAACCAUUCAUGUGAUGGAGGCAACCUACAGCCUGUGUUAGUUAGGAGCUCUGGUGCAUUGCUCCCAAGGCUCUGCUUUUUCGCUGCCAGAGAUAUAGCGGAAGGGGAAGAGAUCACCUUCAGUUAUGGGGAUGCUAGGCUUAAGACUAAGGGCUUACCAUGCUUUUGUGGAAGCUCGUGUUGUCCUGGUGUACUUCCUGCGGAAGAAACAUGAGUUCAUGCCAUCGGCUG